UCCAGAGCUUCAAGCCGAGACGAAAAAGGCUUUUCCCCCUCCAUCAAAUAUUCUUGAACCAAGACCAGCCAGCCUCUUACCCAGUAUAAACCGUGGGACUUUUUUGGCUUGUUAUGAAGGCUUCUGCGGCAAAAUAUAUACUCACCUCUAGCAGACAUGCCCGGGUCAUUGUAUGAAACCUCCAAUCUGGAGCGAGGCGGCAACAACAGGAAGAAGAAGAUAGAGGAAUUCUCUAGGUCUUCUCGGGAGAAACUGGUCCAGUCGAAGAACAAGAUGUUCUCCAAAUUUACGUCCAUUCUCCAGCACGCCGUGGAAGCGCUUGCUCCAUCUCUACCCUUGCAAGAAGACUUUGUCUAUCAUUGGAAGGGCAUUACACAUUAUUACAUUGAAACUUCUGAUGACAAAGCCCCAGUCACAGACACCAACAUCCCAUCCCACCUGGAGCAGAUGCUGGACAUUCUGACCCAGGAGGAGGCAGAAAGGGAGUCUGGUGAGACGGGACCCUGCAUGGAGUACCUCCUGCACCACAAGAUCCUGGAGACCCUCUACACGUUGGGCAAAGCAGAUUGUCCUCCUGGGAUGAAACAGCAAGUCCUCACCUUUUACACAAAGCUGCUCGCUCACAUUCGUCAGCCGCUUCUGCCACACAUCAACGUCCACCGACCUGUGCAGAAACUGAUCCGGCUGUGUGGUGAGGUUCUGGCUGCGCCUACAGAAAACGAGGAGAUCCAGUUUCUUUGCAUCGUCUGUGCCAAACUAAAGCAGGACCCGUACCUUGUCAACUUCUUCCUUGAGAACAAAUCAAAGAGACCAGAGGUAAAGAGUCCUGCUGCAGCAGAGGGGGGGAAGGACAGUGUUCUGGCUCCAGAUACGGGCCAGUCUCAGGCAGAUCAUCCUGGAGAGCCUCAAGCCGCAGCUGCUGCUGCUGCCACCUCCAGCCCAGCUGCUAACAAUAACAACACCAACAACUACAAUCUGGUCACCUCGCUGCUUAACCUCACAAAGAGUCCAGAUGGCAGGAUAGUGGUGAAAGCAUGUGAGGGCUUGAUGCUCCUCGUUAGUCUGCCUGAGCCAGCUGCUGCCAAGUGUUUAACAGAAAACACGGAGCUGUGUGAGCUUCUCACCGACAGGCUGGUUUCGUUUUAUAAAGCUCUGCCGCCGUCCAUGGACCCCCUGGACAUCGAGACAGUGGAGUCAGUCAACUGGGGUCUAGAUGUAUACAACCUGAAAGAGGACGCUGCUGUCUUCACAGGGAAGAGAGCUCUGAUAUCAUUCCUGUCGUGGCUCGAUUAUUGCGAUCAGCUCAUCAAGGAGGCACAGAAGUUGGCCGCUGCAGUGAUGGCAAAGGCUGUGAGAGAAAGAUUCUUUGUGUCCGUGAUGGAACCGCAGCUCAUGCAGACGUCCGAGGUGGGAAUCCUGACCUCCACAGCGCUGCUGAACCGCAUCAUAAGGCAGGUGACGUCCGAAGCGCUGCUGCAGGAGAUUGUUUACUUUCUGCUGGGAGAGGACAAGGAGGCAGAAACUCUGGCUACCGUCGCUCAGAAUCCACUCAGACACAGACUCAUCGAGCACUGUGACCAUCUGUCAGAUGAGAUCAGCAUCAUGACGCUGCGGUUGUUCGAGCAGCUGAUCCAGAAGCCCGACCAGCACAUCCUGCACAGCUUGGUGCUGCGCGGCCUGGAGGAGAGGAACUACUUGGAGAACAAACCACAGGAGGAGCGGGAGGAGCGGGAGCCCCUGGAGAACGGGCAGCCCCACGACGCUGUGGACCUGGAGGAGGAUCCGCUGUUUGGAGACGACCUUUCCCCAGAUAGCAGGCUGUCUGGCUCUGACUGGCUCGGCUCCUCACCCCAACACAGCCCUGAUCACUCAAAGUCUGACGGGAAAACCGAGGUCCACAAGAUCGUCAAUAGCUUCCUGUGUUUGGUGCCUGAUGAGGCCAAGUCGUCGUAUCACGUCGAAGGCACCGGCUACGACACCUACCUCAGAGACGCUCACAGACAGUUCAGGGACUUCUGUGGCGUCUGCCAGCGGUGGGACUGGAGAGGAAGUCCGAAGCCUCUGGAGAAAUGUAACUUGGACAUGCCGUUCUUUGAAGGUCACUUCCUAAAGGUUCUGUUUGACAGAAUGGGUCGCAUCCUUGAUCAACCUUAUGACGUCAACCUGCAGGUGACUGCCGUGCUCUCCAAGCUGUCCUUGCUGCCCCACCCUCACCUACAUGAAUACUUGCUGGACCCUUACAUCAGCCUGGCCCCCGGCUGCAGGUCCCUGUUCUCCGUCAUCGUCAGGGUGGUUGGAGAUUUAAUGCUGAGGAUUCACCGCAUCCCAGACUUCACCCCCAAACUGCUGCUUGUGAGGAAGAGACUACUGGGCUUGGAGCCAGAGGGAGUCACCGUGGACCACAGUACGCUGCUCGAAGGUGUCAUUGUGCUUGAGGAGUUCUGCAAAGAGCUGGCAGCCAUUGCCUUCGUCAAAUAUCACGCAGCGGCUUCGUCCUCGCCGUAACCGUCCUGCUGCUCCACCAUCUGCCUGUUCCAGGCGGACGGGUCAGGACGAGCCGGGGCCUUCCGCGGGCGCCGGCGGCACAGGGUCGGCAAAAAAUUACCACUGACUGGUUUCACCUGCAAGACUGUUAGGAGCCCAGGUGGACGGGCUUCAUCAUCCCCCUUCCUCUGACCUCUGAGCAGGUCGGAGCGCAGCACUGCCCAGCCAGAGGACGAGACGGAGGACAGGGAUGUUGAUGGAGGUGCACAGACAUGUCCACUGGACUCUUGUUUUUGUUUUGUUUUGUUUUUCCGACCUGUGCAGUUUCUCACUGCCCUUCUCUCCUCCAUCUUGUCUUCUACCUUUGGAAUGAGUGUGGAGUUUUAAUAUUGAGGAGUAAAAGUGUGUAUUUAUGUUUCACCGCCUUAGUGUGGAGUCACACCUUUCAGUUACAGCGAAGUGUUUCUCUGUGGAACAUUUUAUCUUUAAUCCCCGUUGUGUUGUCUGUUCGGAGAGAGAGAGGUUCCUGCACAAUCCGGAAAAGUUUCCAGGAUCAGGAAACUACAGAAAAACAAAAUAAGAGUAUGGAAAUAAUUUAUUUUUCAUCCAGUUGUCCAAAUUCUCCUUUCCUAUAUUUUUUUUCUUCCCUUCUGUCUUCUGUAUAUCCAGUCGAUGGUUGUGUUAUUUUAUUUCUUUUCUUCUGUCCCUCUUGUCAUUUCUUCCUUUCAUCUUUGAAAAUUAAGACUGGAAAACUCUGGAUUUUGAGUUUAGUCUUUUCCAGGAUAAGAAAACAAAAUAAGAAUAUCGAAACAAAAUUCUGUCCUUCCUGUGUCUUUUCUCUUUUCAUGCUGUUGUCGUUCCUUCCUUUCUGGUCCUUUCUUCUUUCCCUCACCCUAUGUAUUCUCUGUUUCCUUCAUUUCUUGUCAUUUCUAUGCUCCCUCUCUUUUGUCAUUCCUUCAUUUCCUCUUUUGUCCCUGAAAAACUCCAUCUUGUCUUCUACCUUCAGGUAGAAGACAAGAUGGACUGAGUAGGAAAAGUCUGGAUUUUGAGUUCAGUGUUUUCCAGAAUCAUAAAAUUAUGGAAAAACAAAAGUGAAUAAUAUGGAGACAUAUUUAUAUUCAUUUCCUGUCCAAUUAUCUAAAUUUCUUCCUUCAUUUCUGAGAAACACCAUGGUGCUCUCCUUCCUUCCCCCCUGUCUUUCUUCUCUUCUGUCCUUCCUAUGUUUCCUUAAUUUUCUUUCUUAUAAGGGAGUCUUACAUUUUUCUGAAUAUUGUGCAGGAACCAAGAGAAAAGCUGUAGAGGGGAAAAUCCCCUCACCAUCAACCCUUACACUUAUCUGUAGUUACAUCCAUAGUGACGUACUGCACUCAUUUUAAAUGCCAAGUCAUCUUAUUUAUUUCUUGAUUUGCUUCCAUGUUGCCUUUUUUAUCUAAUGUUUUGUUGAAAUUAAGAGUCUGUUUAAUGACCGACUGCAGAAACUUUAAUUUGUUUUGGUGUCUUUCCUGGGUUUGGCUUUAAGCGCAUCACCACCCAAAGAUGUGACCCUCCAUCACGUCGUGUCGAGCGAAAACGGGGAAUUUGCAGAAAAUGAGAAUUUGCACACGGACCUCACCUCGCUGCACUGGUUACAUCACUGAAGAUGGGAUGAUGAUGGUUUUACUCAUCAGUGUUCAUAACUAGUUAUCUCUGUAGACAGUAGGCAGGGGCCGCUUUGAGAUUCUCAUUGUGUGGUUACAUCGAGUGAAGAUUUCUUAGAUUUACUCGGGAAAAUACCGAUAUUAUGUCAGUUUAAAAAAAUAAUUUAUUAUGUUGACUUUGAUACACAGAUAAAAUGAAUAUACAACUGUUAAACUUAGUUGUUGGUUUCUAGUUCUCAUUCAGGAAAUAACUUUUUUUGUUUCACUGGUCAUGAAAAGUUAGAAAUUGGAAAAAAAAUAUAUUUUAAUAUCCAGGUUAAUAAACCUAGUGCCAGCAGAUUACCUCCUCAGAAGUUCGCACCCAUUUUGUUCACGGUUACCAUAGCGACAGCUGCUUCUCCAUACAAUUUUUGAGGUCAGUUUUUUUUGUCGUGACUGUCUUGGAAGCUUUCAGUGCCUGCAUGCACAUGUAGUUGGAUAGAUGCCGAGUACGAAAAGAAGCUCGUCUUUUUAACACUUUGGAUGUAAAUUUUUGUAGAAUCUUAUUUAUGCAACAACAAAAAAAGAAUUCAGAAAGAAAUCUGAACUUUUUUGAAAUACAGAAAAGCAUAAAAUUUAAAAUUGGGAUCAUAACAAACUUUAGCCUGGAAACAUUAUCUUGAUAUGAGUAAGAUAUUAAGUUUACACGAGACAAUCCACAUUUUCUUACUACCAGAAAUAUUUCUAAACAGCCAAAUUUUUCACUUACAGUUGGUGUAGUAACCUCCUUUUCAGGCAGCUGACUUGCAGCGUGCAGCGCUUUUUAAAGUAUUUAUACUUUAUUAAGUGCAGAGGAUGGCGGCCGUCAAAAACAGCUGUCCAUAAAAGCUGAUUUUGUCAUUCUAGUAGAAAAGUGUACCAACCUUUAUUCAGCCAGCUGACCGGCAGUGUGCAGUAGUUUUAAAACUUCUUGCCUCUCAGUAAGAAUGCAGGGAUGAGGCUUUAGUUUUCUCACCAGAGCAAAUACUACAGAACGGAUGAUUUUGACUUCCUACUUACAAGACGCAUACAAACCUUCUGUCAGCCAGCUGAAAGGCAGUGUGCAGCGGUUAAAGAGGACGCUUCUUUUAGUUUUCACAACAUAAAAUAGCUGUAGAUGUUGACUGUAAAUAUUUCCAAACGGCAGAAUGGGCAACUGGAUUUUUGGUUUUAUCUCGAUGUUUUGCCUCUCAGAUGAGUCGAGGCUGCAGCGUAGGCGUUAGAAAGACGAAACCUCCGGUUGGCUUUUCAUGUUCGACAUCGAUGGCUUCUUUCACACAUCUAUCAAACCGUCUAUUUCCUGUCUAAAAUGUUCACAUUACUGUCUGAAGAAGCCUCUUGGUUGACAGGAAACAUAUUCAAGAUAAAAAGAGAGAUGAAGUUGCCUUCCUGUCCCAGAAUCUACACCAACGUGUAGCUGGAUGUUGAUUUUCUAGGAGAUUUUCUUUCAGCCAGCUGACUAGUAAUGUGCAGAAACAAGUGUGGGCAGGGUAAUGCUCUCUCUGGCGUCUCUUCUGAAGGAGUUGGGUCAGUUUGGGGGGAAAACGGCUCAUGCCUGGUGGGGAAACAUAUCUUUUAUUAUUCUAGUCAUCAGGAUCUGAACUUUCUCACUUUUAGGGAUGAACAUUUGAGUCUGAGAGGAACCUACGUCUCAUUUUUCUUUUUGUUUUAAUUGUGCUGGAUAAAAGCAGGGAAAAAAACCUGACUUAUAAAGAGUUUUGUCCUAACCCCUUCCCUGUACAGUAUACAGAGACGUCCAUCGCAAGUUGUCAUGACAUCCUGUGAGGUGUUGCAGUGUUACUCGUUCAUCCUACAGAUGACGUACCGGUGGCGUUGGAACAGGUUGUGUGUUGCCUUUAUGUCUGGAGGCUGUCUUUAAUUUAUAAUCCUGCUCAUAGAAAUGUUUGUAAAUGUGCUUUUUGUUUUAAUUUGAUCCCGGAAGGGAUCGAUGCUGUUUGUUAUUUUGUUUGCUGAGAAGAAUGGACAGUGUUAUUGAUUGAAGCCAUGAGUAUCUGCUCCUUUUGUUUUUGUUUCCUUCUCCAAAUUCAUCACUCUUGCACCUAAGCUACAUUAUGCAAACUGCUUGCAUGGAUACAGAUUUGCACAUUGUUGUAAUUCUUGUUUUGUAUGUUUUCUUUUUCUUUUUCUUCAUGAACCAAAACACCAAGAAAAAGAAAGAGAAGUUGUGGAUGUUCCAGGAGUAACAUUUCUAUUGUUUCUUUUGUUAUUUUAACUGUCAUGCACAUUUUUUAAAUCGGCUGUUUUGCAACUUCUGGUGUACAGUU